AAUUCCUAUUUUAGAUACAAUUCAGUCCAAAGUCACGUAGCUGGAGAUUGGGUUUGGCUGGUGUAAUCAACAUGGAAUAACGGUUUAAAACGAGUUGUACGACUGGUCGUCGGUCAGAAUUUAUACAAAAAAAAUGGCUUACUCAAAAUAUAGAGACUCAGGCGACGAAGAUCAAUUUGACUCAUGGCUACAGAGAGUCAGGGAAAGCGAUGCCCUUGUUGUCUAUGAGCAAGAUGAUGAAUAUGAAGUGUUUAAGACUGUGCUUCAGUAUUUUGAUUCGCAUAAUUUGACGUAUGCUCUACCACAGAUUGAAUAUCCAGGAGGAAAUGUUAUGCCUUCCACAAGUAAAGCCAUCGAAAAUGCCAAGAAAGUGCUACUUAUUUUAUCUCAAAAUAGUAACAAUGCCAAAUUUUCUCUGGAGACGUUUUUAGCAUUGGAGAAGUGUGUGAAAACCGACCAGCUUUGUCUCACUAUUCUGACGCUCCAUGGAUUCGAACGUAAGAAUAUCUCCAGUAUUCCUAUGUUACAGAAUGCGACCAUUGUAGAGCUGGACUAUAAUCGCCAGGAGAUAUGCCUGGAAGCUGUGGUCCGACACAUUAAAGAGGAUGAUAUGAGAUUGACAAAAGUAAUCCCGGCAGGAAACUUUGCAACAGGACUGGCUUGGAGUCACUUCACUGGAUAUCUAAAACUCAUCCUUCCUGAAAUUCCAACUAAAAUAAGAGAAUCCGAUGCGUACAGAGAAAACCCUGGCAGGUUUCUUGAAAAGUUCUUUAUUCUCCUGCCAAGAUCAGGAAGGGCCCCUAAGCUAACAGACGACACAAGAAUUUCUGAGGUUGACAAACUCUCAUUAAAAUUAACGGUGGACGGUUCCCCUCGAACUUACACACCUGUGGUUUACCGAGUGUCGGAUGAUGAUGGACAGCAGUACUACUGUUGUGCUGAAAUUCCGAGUGCCUUUGGAACGAUAGGAAAAGUGUUUGAAGAAAUUCUGGGACAUAUUACAGCCCAACAGAGAGUAAUGGAAGUAGAGAGAUUUUACUAUAAACUCCAGGAAAUACUGAAUCACCAGCUAAAUGACAGGUUGAUUGGCACGGUAGAAGUAAUUAUGUUUGAUGAUGAAACGAAAGAUGACAGUGCCACCCCAUCAUAUCAACUCAUUAAGCGGUUUAAAGAAGGGUCAUCUUAUCCCCGUCAACCAAAGCUUGAUAACAAGAAGUUCAGACAUGAUGUAUGUCUUCUGUAUUCUGAAUGCGAUUCCAACCAUGCGUUAAAAGUGAGGAUAGCUUUAGAGGAGAAAGGAAAACGAGUAACUAAGGUUGAAAUGCCGGACCAGAGCCUCCAUGAUACAGAACAAAGAUUAACCUCAGCUGCUUGGGUGGUUUUAUUCAUGUCUGGAGAUGCAAUGUCCAUGACUAAGUCUGAGUGUAUGCCACUCUGGAUGGCAAAUGUCUUAAGUUGCAGUUUGGAUGACAAUGAACUACGCGUUAUACCAGUGUUGAUAGAUUCAGAACCUAAUAGCAUACCGGACUUCAUACGCUGGGUGACAUACAUCAGCAUAAAAGAGGAGGGGUACCAACACAGAAUCCUUGACAUUAUAAAUGGCAAACCAGUUUCAAUGAAGUCACUAUCACCAGUUGGAAAUGUAGCAUACGGUCUGGCCUGGGCGUUUUUUAUGAAUUAUUUACAAUAUGCUGUUACUGAACUGUCCACAAGAUGUAGACAAAAAAUGAGGGAAAUUGGGGCUGAUCCUAAAAAGUGUGUUGUAAAGUUGUUUGAGUUCAUUCCAUUAUCUGGGAAAACGAUUCAUUCACUAGAUGAGAUUGAGUCUUCAAAAUACGGCAUAGAAAAAUUCGGAUCCGUCCGUAAAGUGGAAUCCAGUGUUGCGGGUGUUAGAAGACAGUUUGAUGUGAAUAUGUAUGGUAUAUUUAAAAAACCCAAACAUCCAAAUGAAACUAAAGAAUUUGUAGAGUAUUUCAUGGGAGAAUUUGCAGCUCCUUUACGAACUUUGCGCAAUAUGCAUGAAUCUUUUAUUGCUGGAUUGAAUAACCAGCAAUUCACCAAACAAAUUGAACAGUUUGAGAAGGAGCUUAUAACUAUAUUGCGAGAUGUUCCAUGUAAAGAAAACAAUCUAGAAGAUGUUAGGGACUGUUGUGUACCAAUCAUAUAUGAAGAUGAUAAAACAGAUUUCAUUGACAAUUUAAUGGACGUAAUAGAAAAAAUCCGACAGGGUUCCAGCGUUGGAAGUAAAUUAGCCAAAGCCAUGAGAACCAGAGAACCAUGAAUCUUCAUAGAAUUGGAAAAAUGAUAUGUUUCUGACUAAAUAUUUUAUCGUGUUACUUGAUUUUGCCUUUAUACCUCUGUGGCAAUUUUACUCUCUAAAGAAGAAGACAACUGAUCAAUAUGGUUAUUUUAGCAACUACAAACUAUACCGAUAAUGCGUCCAUAAAGGAAUAGAAAGUCUAAUUUGAUCUUUCUUUCCAUAAAGAAAAAAAAUUUCAUUUACAUGUACAGCGACAUAUUUUUUGUUAUAUGAAUUUUCAAACAUCAUUGGAUUAUUUUCACUGUUAAAAAUAUUUUGUGACUAAAUGUUUUAUUACUUUCCAGAACCUUAAGAGAUACAGCGAUCUGCUGGGUUUUUUUUUUAUAAUUGUCACAUACCUGACGCAUUGAAAAUAUAUUUUACCUGACAACUGCUUAUUUUAAAUAAAUUGGAGAUGAAAUAUU